AUGCCGCAGCUAGACUGCUGGUCAGGACCAGAUACUGGCAGUGGCGGAGGGCCAAGGGAGCAGGGGCGGUCUCGUAUCAUCCCUCCAUUUUCUCUUUCCUGUUUUUUGUGGCAUGUGCCCCUGGUCCUGUAUAUUUCCCCUGCUAAUCAAAUGGGUGCUUUGGCCUUCCGAAUCCAGCGUGUACAAAGUGCAGAUGACUGCCAAGAUCAUACUACACAUUUCAGACCUACCUUUGCCCUAGCAGGAGAACCUCUGAUCCUACAAUGCCCACCUUUCCAAUACAAAAACAUGGAAGCUGCCAACCUCUCCCUUAAUCUCACUUGGUAUAAAAAUGAUUCAACAACAUUGAUCCCUGCAGUAAGUGGAGAGAGAAGAAUUCUGUCUCAAGGUGACGCACUCUGGUUUCUACCAGUCUCUCUGCAGGACUCUGGUGAAUAUAUUUGCACUCGCAGGAAUUCCUCUUACUGUGCAGAUGUGUCUGUAUAUCUACAAGUGUUUGAUAAAAGUGCUGCUCGUGAGAUUUCCUUUUUCCAGAAGGCCUUCACACUCAGCUGUGCAGAGGUGGUUUGUGCUAACUUAGAAGAUUUUGUACAAAGGAAUACCAGUUAUGAACUCAAAUGGUACAAGGCUUCUACACCACUGAAUAUAGAUGAUAAAAAAUUCAUUGCUUCAAAGGGCACAGAUCAUCUCACCAUCAAUUCUGUGACCUCAGAUGAUGCGGGCUACUAUACCUGCCAAAUGGCCUUUGAACAUGAAACAAAGCAAUAUAAUAUUACCAGGACUAUUCACCUUCAGAUACUCGGUAAUAAGCUAAAAAGCAUACCUGUGAUUAUAUAUCCAACAGAGAGGAUUAUACUGGCAACUAUUGGUUCCCAACUGAUCAUCCCAUGUAAAGUGUAUGUUGCAGCAAGCAAUAAGUAUUUUACGGAUGUCUGGUGGCAGGCAAAUGAUACAUACAUUGAUUUGGUUUACCAGAAGGGCAGAGUCAUAGAAGGCGAGCGCCAGGAACAUGUUGAAAAUGGUGACACUUACAUUGAGGUGCCGCUGAUUUUUGAAAUUGUCAAAGAAGAAGAUUUCAAUACAGAUUUCAAGUGUAUGGCUACUAAUACACGGGGGCAUCAAAUGCAUAUGACGCAGGUCAAACCAGGAGAGCCUGGUCCAUCCUGGUACUUCUCAGCAAUUCCUGUUGCUUUGGUCAUUCUAAUUGUGGGAGGUGUGUGUAUUCACAAAUGCUGGAAGCAAAGAUCUGCAAGAGGAUAUGCCUUGACCAAAUUCUAA